AUGACGGAUAGGCUGACCAUGGCCCGUAUCAGUCCCUCUGGUCAAGAUAUCGAGAUGACAGUUGGCGGACAGCCAAAUGAAGCCAUCGGCUCCAGUCAGCAGAGCCUACAUUACAAUGAACAGGCAGUCAGUGUCGAAAAUGUCGGGGCUGUGCCACCUAUGAAUGUCAUCAGCAAAGAGGUGAAAUGGAUAAAAAGCAAUAUAAGGAAGCGUCAAUGUCGUCGCAUCGUGGAGAAACCACCAAAAACAGAUCAGGCACCUGGGACUAGUGAUGGUUUGUGUCAGUGUGGGUACCCCUUUUCUGCCCACCCUCACACACGCCCACAUGAUGGCUACCCUUCGACCAACUGGAAGGUGGACACAAACACUUACUCCCUACCCACAGACACAUUCGGAGAGGUGGAGUUUGUAGGGUAUGGGCAGACAGAGAGAAAGUAUGUGCGAGUAGAUGUUAAAACAAAGACAAAUGACAUGCUAAAGUUGAUGAUGGAUGUGUGGGGCCUUGACAAACCAAAUCUUCUUAUUUCUGUCACUGGUGGUGCUAAAAACUUCCACAUGAAAGAGAGGCUAAAGGAAGUAUUUCGAAGGGGCUUGAUGAAAGUAGCUAAAAGCACAGGUGCUUGGAUUAUCACUGGAGGGACCAACACUGGAGUGAUGAAACAUGUGGGAGAGUCUGUUCGGGAUUAUGGUCUCACAUCUGCAUCGUCCACGCCGGUCGUUGCUAUUGGCAUAGCUACCUGGGGUGUCGUCCAGAACAAGCAAGAGCUCAUCAGUAAAGAUGGUAACGGGAAGUGGCCAGCCCGAUAUAGGAUUGAAAAAGAAUCAAAGGUCCGAGAGAGCUCCUUGGAUCCUAAUCACACACAUUUCAUUCUAGUGGAUGAUGGGACCCAGCACAGUUUUGGGGUGGAGAUCCCUUUCCGUGCUGAACUCGAACAGACUGUUGCCAACAUGAAGACUGAUGCAAGUAAAGAUGCUGUGUCAGUUCCUCUUGUACUACUGGUGCUUCAAGGUGGUCCAAACACACUGCAGACUGUAAAACAGGCUGUUGCAAACAAUACACCUAUUGUAGUGGUCGAGGGAUCGGGUAAGGCGGCCGACAUCUUGGCUUAUGCUUACAACAAUUCUGCUGAAGAAGAAAUUGAAGUGACAGAUCAGGAUGGUAAUAUCCUAACCCAAAUGCGGACGCUGUUCGAUGAUGCCUUGAGUGCCCAAGUGCAGGAGAUGGUACAAGAGGCGUACGGAACUAAGAAUCUUGUUAACAACUGUGGUGUAGUGAAGGACUGUUUGGAGAAACGCGACCUCAUCAACGUGUUCAAACUUGGCACAUCCAUUGGCUCUCAGAAAGAUAUUGAUGUUCCUAUUUUACAUGCCCUACUUAAAGCAAACAAAGGCCAGGACUUCCAUCAGCUCCGACUAGCUCUGGCCUGGAACAGGAUUGAUAUCGCCAAAAGUGAAAUCUUCACAGACGACAAAUUGUGGCCUUCUGGCAGUCUUGAUGAAAUCAUGCUGUUAGCUAUAAACCUGAACCGUGUGGAUUUUGUGGAAAUGUUCCUAGAUAAUGGUGUGAGUCUGAAGGAAUUUCUGUCAGUCAGAGUCCUGCUGCAGCUGUAUAACUCGGUUCAGAAAAACUCGCUGUUGUACACAUUACUGCAGAAGAUGAAGAAGAAGAGUGACAAUAAAGACAAAUAUGUUGGUCUGAUAGAAGUUGGCAUGUUACUGCAGUACUUGCUUGGUGAUUUCUAUAUACCUGUCUACCUGAAAGAAGAGUAUUUUUCACUGCAGAACUUGAACUGGACUUGCUUGGUAAGUGUCAUGGACCAUGUGACAUGGACCAUGGUUGGCCCAGUAGUGACAUGGGCCAUGGCUGGCCCAGUAGAGGAAUACAGACAGGACUUCGAGAACCCAUACCAAGAGUUGUUUACAUGGGCAGUACUGCAAAACAGACAAGACAUGGCCAAGCUGUUUUGGAAACAAGGCAAGGAACCAACGGCAGCAGCUCUAGUGGCGUUUGGGCUGAUGACAGCAAUGGCAAAGAAGACUGAUGACUGUGAACUUGCUAAGAAAUUUCGAGUCAAUGCAGAUGAGUUUUGUGAUCUGUCUGUGAGUGUGCUCAAUGAGUGCUAUGAGUUAGAUGAACAUAAGGCCCAGGACCUCCUUGUUCGGGAACUGGAUCACUGGGGAAGUGCCACAUGUGUCCUGAUCGCAGUGGAAACUGACAACAAACAGUUUAUUUCUCAGACUGCCUGUCAAUCCCUACUCAAUAGUGUAUGGAUGGGGAAGCUGUCUCCGGAUAAUGGCACCAUCAGCAUGCUGACCUGUGUGCUAUGUCCACCAUUGCUGUUUCUCCUGAUGAAGUAUAAAGAGAUAGACAACUCAGAGAUUCAGUCUGCCAACAUCAGCCAAACUGACACAUUUACAAAGGAUGGAGAAAAAGCACCGCUGGUUCGUCGACCAACUGUAGCUAUGUUUACACGAGGGCAGACUAUGCUCAACAUCAAAUCAGCAGAAGCUGCUAAAGCAGAGGCAGAAAUCAACGUCAGAAAUCAACAACAGCAGUACAAUCCAAUACAAAAGAUAUAUCUUUUUUACUCGUCACCCGUCAUCAUAUUUGUACAUAAUGUUCUGUCUUACCUACUUUUCCUGGGACUGUUCAGCUACGUCCUACUGAUCAAAAUGUCGAGCACUGUAUCAGUUCAGGAGAUUGUCCUGAUGGUGUGGGUGUUUAGUAUAUUUGCUGAGGAGAUCAGACAGUCUGUUAAGAGUAUUAUGUCAUCAGCGUCAAAGACAUUUCAAACAAAACUACAGAGUUACAUCACAGACAAAUGGAAUGUGGUGGAUGUGUUUACGAUACUUCUCUUUGUUUGUGGAACGAUCCUACGCUUCCUACCGUAUGACCGGACCUUAGAGGUAGCACGGGUGGUUCUGGCUCUGAACCUCAUCACAUUCUUUUUCCGUAUUUUACACAUCUUCUCUGUUCACAAAGAGCUUGGACCAAAGCUUGUGAUGAUAGCAAGAAUGUUUUUUGACCUGCUCUACUUUGUCAUCAUUCUGAUGGUGUUCGUUGUGGCGUAUGCUAUUGCUGCCUACGCUAUCCUCUACCCCAACUCUGAACUCAGUUUUGACCUUGUCAUUGCUGUAUUGAGGACUGCCUAUUGGAACUUGUAUGGGGAGCUCUUCCUUGAUGAGUUAGAACGAAAGGAGCCAGAGUGUACAUUUGAUCCUCUACUGUACAAUAAUGAUACACUGCCUCGCUGUCCAACACAGUUUGGUAGCUAUGUUGUACCCUGGCUCAUGGGUCUCUACGUACUCUUCUCCAACAUCCUACUGCUUAACCUCCUCAUCGCUAUGUUCAGCUUCACAUUCCAGAAGAUCCAAGACAACACUGACCUACAUUGGUGUUUCCAGCGCUACUUCCUGAUAUAUGAGUACUACUCUAGACCAACACUCUUCCCGCCCUUCGUCCUUAUAAGUCAUCUUUAUUUGAUAUUUAAAUGGAUGUUUACAAAGUGCUGUAAAAAAUGUGUGCAGAAAGAGGAUUCUGACCUAAUCAAAAAAAUUCCAAAUGAAAGGGAGAUAAUUCAGUGGGAGAAUGUAAUAGCAGAUGCCUACUUGACACGAAAGGAGCUCUCUGAGGCAGAUAACAUUGAUCAUAGAAUUAACAUCAUGCAACAACGGAUGGAUAUGUUGUUGUCGAAAGUGGACGAUAUUCAGGAUGACCAGCAGAAUGUUGUAGCUAUCCAACAAUCAACAGGUAGAGUGGCACUGCCUGUGGCACAACCUGUGGCCCCUAGGCCACCGAGUCAACAGACAAUCACAGCAAAAAUGCCCCCGCAGCUGGAGAAGAGAAUCUGCUCACUAGAAGAUCAGAUGACCAUAAACUGCAAAGCACUGUCCUGGAUUGUCCAAGCUCUACAGGAAAAUGAUAUGGCUGCCGGCAGAUCACCGCCAAAAUUACCAGACCUACAGACUCAUGGUGAUAGAGAAAUAAAAAAGAAGAAAAAGGUUCAAGACCUAGCCCUUACAACCAUCGAGAAACAGAGAGAGCUUCAUUACAGAUCACGGUCGAGUCCUUACCCAGGCAGCUCGGAGACACGCUUCUUUGUGCCAGACGACAUAGUGUUCUGGGAGACACCAUUCCCAGAAUACAGUCCAGUGAAAUAUCUGUCACCAGAGGUCAAGGCCAAUCCCUACUGGGCAGACAAGGAGGACCUCAUAGAAUUGCCGCCAAACAAGAGAGAGGGAAAGAUCAAGUUCAACACGUUUGAUUAUGGCUGCAAGGUUGACCGAACCAGCCAUCUUGGUGAUUAUAAAAUUGUUGAUGGCUUGCCUCAAAACCCCUUUGGUCGGACUGGUAUCAUUGGUCGGGGCUUGCUUGGGAGAUGGGGCCCAAACCAUGCUGGUGACCCUAUUGUGACAAGAUGGAAACGUGACAACAAGGGACAAAUGGUAAAGAGUGGAGGCAAGCCAUUGUUAGAAUUUGUCAGCAUACAGAGAACAGACAAUCAAUUGUGGUCUCUACCAGGGGGGAUGUGUGAACCUGGACAGCAGAUCUACGAGUGUCUGAAGGCUGAAUUCUCUGAAGAAGCUCUCGGAUCACUCAUUACUGAUGAAGACCAUAAAAAAGAGCUAAAUAAGAAAUUAGAUUGGAUGUUUAAAAUUGGCAAAGAGGUGUGGCGUGGGUAUGCUGAUGAUCCUAGGAAUACAGACAAUGCCUGGGUAGAAACCACAGUCUUCCAUUACCAUGACGAUGAUGGAUCAAUUCUCAAUAACUUCAUCCUCAGGGCUGGAGAUACAGUAGAAAAGGCAACAUGGAGCAUAGCCUCCUCGGCUCUUCAGCUACAUGGAGCCCACCUGUUCUAUCUAAAGAAGGUGGUGGAGAAACUGAAUGCUGCAUUCUAA